UAUCCAUAUUCAGCCAACUAUCAAGAUCCAAUAAAGAUGAGUGAGGGUGCUUUACUCCGGGUGUCCAACUUUAUAAAGGUUGAGGAUGAUUUAGAGAAAAUACUGGAAUUGAAGCAGCAAUUUUUGAAAGAGAAAAGCACCAUUGACACCAAGUUAACUAGUACCAUGAAGACCCAAACAGAUUCAGUGUUUAUGAAUAUGAAUAAAUUGAAAACUUCAGCGGAUAAGCUCGGUUUGAUCAAAUCGAAUUUGGGUAAGAUCAACGAAAUAUAUGAUGCUUCUAUUACUGAUAUCAAAGACUAUGAUACUAUUAAAAAGAUGACAGCUGUGAACCAAUUCUUACUUCAAGUUGAAAACUUGUCUCGUGAUGUUUCAAAAUUCAAGCAGUACAUAGCGUAUAUCAAUCAAUUAAUCCAAGAAGAGUUUGAAAUAAUUAGUGAGGAUAUUGCUUAUCCGAUGGAGAAUCUCCUCAAGAUUCAUUUCAAUUUAACCCAAGCAAGAAAUCUUCAAGACUACCUUGAAAAGGAGUCCACUAACUUAUCGGAUGAUCUCAAGUCUAUUGUACAGAAAAUUGUUGCUCCAAUGAAGGCAACCGUAAGAAAAUUUGACGAAUUGUUACGAGAGGUUAUUAUAAGUAUGACUGAGUCACUAAAAGAUGGAAAUUCAGAGUUAGUUUUUAAAUUAAUCAAGGUUAUUGAAUUCGAAGCAAAUGAGGAUUUGAAGUUUCAAUUAAUGGAAAACUUAGAUUUGAACAAAUCAAAAGAUAUCAAUAGUAUAAAUUACUCUACAUACAGAGGUUCAAGAAGACAUUACAAGAAAUUUUUCUUUGAUAAGUUGGAAGAAAGUCUUGCCGAUACUUUUAAUAAAUGUGUUGAGCAUUUCCAGGAUGACAAAAUGCAAGUUUAUGAUAACUUGAAUUGGCUUGAAGAUGAACUUGUAUUUGUUGUUGACCGUUUAGCUCCAAUUUUUCCUAUUAGAUGGCAAAUAAGUAAUUUCAUUCAAAACGUUUAUUACAAUAAGCUACAUAAAUUUACAAUGGAAGUUAUAAAUUCUGAUCCGCCAGCUGAAGAUUUAAUGAAAAUCUUAUCUUAUGAUUCUCAUUACAGUAAUUUCAUCACAGCAUUACAUACCUCGCCAGAAGAAGAAGGUGGCUCUAAUAGAAAGUCUAUAAUCAAAAAAGAACAAAAAUCUAUUAUUGGUGAUGAAUUGAAGAAUGUUGUGUUGGAGGAUUAUUUGAAAGUCUUUUGUGGUAAAAUGGAUGAGUGGAAUGACAAUUUGAUGAAACAAGAAACAGAAACCUUUUCCUCUAGAGAUGAUCCUCCAGAUCUUUAUAAUUACCAUCAAGUUAUUGAAGAUCAAGACGCUCAAGAGGAAAUGAUCUUAAUUGAAAUUAAUACAGAAGUUUUUGUGCUACCCGACUUCAAGACUCCUUUAAGUAUGUUAAAAGAGCAAGCAGAUGUUGCCGCUGAUUCGGGUUAUGGUAAGAUUCUUGUUGGUGUUAUUGAAAAUUGGUCGCAAUGUUAUAUAAAAAGAGCUGUAAAUUAUCAAACAAUGAUCGAAGAAGAAUUUGAUAAGUACAUGUCAGUUUACAACAAUGAGAGAUUUCUCAUCAAAGAAAGCAAAACCAAAAAUUUAUUCAGACGUCCUUCAGCUCCCCGUCCAGCAUAUGAAGAUAUUGAAAACAUGACUGAAGAGGAAUUAGCCCAAAUAUCUAAACCAUGUCUUCUCGAAUACUUGGUUGCAUUAGGUAACACUUACGAAAUCAAUACUGAUAGAUUGCAAGAUAAGUUUUUACCAACUUACAAAGGAAAAGUUCACUCUAGUUAUCAAGGCAGAAUUGAACAAGCUUUUGAAGAUACCUUAACCCCAAGUACUGAAUUAAAUGCUCAGGUUAUUCGUAUGCUUGUUGAUAUUAUCGUUAAUGAUUUAUACCCAGCCUUGUCAAAUGUCUUCACCAAAUCCUGGUAUGAUGAUGAUAAAGCCAAAAACAUGGAUGAACCAGAUAUGGCAGAUCAAAUUGUAGAAACAAUAUGUGACUAUAUGGCAGAAAUGAGAAGUUAUGCAACUUAUGAAUUAUAUUCAGUCACCUUUAAUAUAUUGAUGGACGCAGUUGUUUCCACCUAUAUUAGAAUGGGAUUUGAGAAUAUAUUACACGGAAGUGGUAAAAAGAUUGAUCCAAAAGCUGUGAAAAAAUACAAAUCAUUUAGAGAUGGAAUUGAAAGAGACAUUGCCAAAUUUUAUACUGCUUUAGAACCAUUGGUUACUAGAAAGGAUGGUUACUAUUUGGUGACUAGUUUAAGAGCAAUUGAACUUCUUGGUGAAUUUGCAACUUGUGAUGAUCCAGCUGAAAUUGCACCGGAGAUCUGGGAGCAUGAAAUCUUGGAAAAUUUUUACUACUGUACUACAGAUUACGUUAAGGGUAUUUUAUUAUGUCGUAAGGAUAUGGAUAACAAACAAGUUAAUAUGAUUGUUUCCCAUUUAAGUGAACGUCAAAAAGAAUAUCAUGCAAAUGUCGAGCCUCCUGCUAUGCCAAUAAGUACUUUGAAUAAUUUUUUCUACAAUUAGAAGAAAUAGUUUGUGAAUGAU